AGAGCGACCCUGGAUUGCCCUUUGUCCAAACAACUCUCCCACGCUCCGAAUAUGGUAAGGAGGAUAAAGGAAGAGGUAGGUCUAAUAAAGGACGAAUGCGCGCGCUUCAAGUGGGAUCUCCCUCUUUCUUUCGCCCUUCGCCUCCCAGUUUGUUUCACUCUCAUUCUGCUAUGGAUACUCCUCCUUCACUUCCUCCGAACUGUGUCCGGUUCCCACAGUCCUCACCAAGCUCAAGGCGUUUGUACAGCCGCCUUCCUCGUCAUGACACAUACGACAACAUCCCUAGUCGGACCAAUGAUGACAUUCAUCUCGUUCCCAACCACCUUCGCCGUUGCUCAGACCAGGAUCGUAUUUUCAUCUCACCGUUUAGUCCAAGCAAGCUUUCGCUUCCUUGGUUCGAUGGGAGACGCCCGAGCUAUGCAUCCAUUGAAAGCUACAACUCAGAUCUCACAGCUGUAUCUGAGUCCAUGUUGUUCAAAGACGAAGUCUUUGAUGCUACGGAGUUAUAUGAACAACAUUUCUCUUCCCCUGCCUACGCCGAUAAUGCCUCAUUCAAGGCACCAUCAGCAGGCGCUUCCCCCAUCAGCGAGCAACAGAAGUGUCACAUCGUCGAAAAGAGUUUUGAAACCUCAGAAUGGCCCAAAAUCAUAAUCCACGUUAUUCUUUGUCUGAUUGCAUACCCCAUCCUAACCCUAUUCGUCGUAAUUGCACGUAACAAGACACUCUUUUGGAGCCGAUUUUUUGUUAGUGUCGGCUGUGGCGUUAUUGGUUUCGCGUUGGGUCUUAGCCUUCUUUCACUGGGUCGGCCAUUCCUGGAAGCUGCGACUUGGGCCACGAUUAUCCACCAAUCGCGUAUCAAUGGCGCCUCAGGGAUCAGGCUGAGUGACUUGGCGGCUCCUUCGCGAGAUCCGACAAGCGCUUGGCCAGCGCUUCAACUCUUGUGGUCCAGGUUCAUGUACCCAGGGACCAUGAGGAGGGAGCGUCAACAUUAUGACAAGCGCCCUUGGUCCCUGGCCAUUCUUUUUUUCCUACUCAAUGUCAUCCUCGCAGCAUCGCUGCCAUUUAUUUUGGGUCGUAUAGUCAAUAUAUCAACAUCCGUAUCGCAUCAACACACCGAAUACCAGGAGGUCACAGUAAAAGGUGACUUAUCAGAAAGCGACAUAUCAAACACUGCUGCUCUCGCGCGAGUAUUCAAUGUCAAUUCUUCCUUCAAGCUAUAUUUUCCGUCACUCAAUCUUAUAUUGCAGGACUUCACGCUGACAUGGACCUUGUCCCCGUUUGCUGCACAUAGAUCGCUCCCUACUGCUAUAUCCUAUCCAUGGAAUAACGACACUGCAUAUUUCUCUGAAGCAAGCCUCUCCCAGUUUCUUCCAGGUGGUAGUGGAUUCGGGACAUUCACUGAAAAUACGACGACACCCACAUGGAGCACCGAUUUUUCUAGUGUCGCCACGGAUUCUUUCAACACAAAUGCUGUGGAACCCGGAUCAUUGUUAAGAUAUCCGCGAUGGGGUAUCAGGAUUCAUUGUGAGAAGGUCCCUGAUGGGUCGAAGAAUAUCAUCCCCAGGUCUUUCAAUAAUUACACGUACCUAUUCACGCCUCGAGAAACGAUGAAUACUUUAUUUUCUUCUUUUGGUCACGUGUUCUCCUCUGAUCUGGAACACAACGUGACGGACGUACUCCAGAAAAACGAUACUUUGCCCUCAACUGUUGACGUUAACGGUACCGCACUUGCAGCGUAUUUCAGCGACAAUGGUGUUGCCCAUAGUCUUAAAAGCGAUCCUGUCACAAUGGGUGAUGAAGGUUUUGGCUGGAUAUCCAUCGAGUGGGUACUAGUUCGGUUAAACACCACCUAUUCCCCAAGCGGUACUUUCGCGACAUAUAGCGACGAAUCUGUCCUCGAUGCAAAUGGGACGGAAACGCGUAUAGGCUAUGACGCUGCUGUUUGCUUGGAGCUAUACGAGCCGUACAUCGUAGAGACGUAUAACUCCACCACCGGGGUGCCCUCAUCUACGGGCAUUAUCAGUCAGAGCAAGGAGAUCAUGGAUUCUUCUGCGCAGGGUGCCCCGGAAGAGAAACGAACAGGCAACGCCGUGACGGGUCCUAACGUGAAGCGACAAUUAAAUUCGACAGAGCUGAAAGACGUGUACGAAACUUUGCAUGGCAAUUCUGUCAAUCAGAUGAUUAAGGACAAUGGAAGAGACGCCUUCUAUGUUCCAUCUCCCACGUUGAUCUCUUUUACAAAUGGCACGGGGCCCUAUGGAUAUACAGAGCUCUCCGGCGAAUUGUUUGCGCAGGCAAGAGCCCGGGCAGAUGCCACCAACGAUCUGCCGAUACACUUGCACGUCAAUACCCCGACCUUGUACUUGCCUACGCCAGGAUCCACACUUUGCUUCUUCGUCCCAACACUUCCCUUCCAUGUUCCUCGCCGUGGCUUUGACAUUUACUCAUGGCUUGCGGCGUUUCGCGCUAAUGAGCUGAUCGGCACCGACACAAAAAGUAUCCGGAAAGGGAUGGAAACCAAGGAGAUGGCGAAACUAAUGGGGGACUCUAGGAUUUCUUACCAGUGGUGA